UUUGCCGGCAGAACUUGCCUCCACCCUGUAUACCCGAUGUCACGAUGCGACUGCGAAGGCGUGUUCUACAGGGUGUUCUGCGUCAGUCUGCUGGUCACCGCCUUCACGUUCACCGUCAUUCUGACACACGUUUUCGUUGACAUUGACAACUUACUCAGCAAGAGGGAGAGAGAAUCAACAGAGAACGUAGGAGUAAUAGAACACGUCACAGAUAAUAAUGAAGCUACGACAGAUAUACCGGACUAUUACAUUGGAGUUGACAACGACGGGGGACGCUACAGAAAAAAGAGGUCUUUAGACUCCGACAAUUACUUCCUUAGAAUAAACAGUCCAAAAACCAAAAGCUAUCUAACUAACAAGCUAGCCACAUUACUAGAGGUGUUAGACGAUGAAGAUUCAGACAUAACAACGCCGAAACCAGAUAAUGGCAACAUUUACAUCAAAACAGUAAAACAAAAGAAUAAUAUAGAAAUUAAUAACCUACAAUCGGAAAAACAGAGGGGUGAAGAUAUCGUAUAUUUGGCGUUACAUAAAAUGUUGCAAGGAAUCGGACAUGUAAAUAUGUAUGAAUUGAUUGAAAAAAUUAAGGCGCUGGUUAGGAAUUUCAAGCGUGGAGACGGUCAGAAAGAUAAUGAACAUGCAGAGACUAAUGGAGAAUUUUACUCAGAAACUACACCAAAAGAAAUAAUCGUGAAUGAGCAGCAAAAUCUGGUUAAUGAAAUGAAAUACAAAUUUAAUAAGGCACUACGGGGUGUAAAUGCCUUCGAUACUACAGAGGCUGACAACGAAACAGGAACUAAAACUUCGAGACAUAGUAAACAUCCAGCAUAUAUAUUAGUCGAUAUAAAACAAGACGAUAAAAAGGAGGCGAGUUCAAAUGGAGGUUUUCAAGGCAUCAUCAAAUUUAUAUACAAUGGAAAACCAAUUAAAAUCAGAAGCGAAGACAGUUCUGAACCAACAACAACAACUCCUGUAACAACAACUACAACAACAACAACAAUGAAAACGAAUAAGAAAACGGUACAAAACACAAUAAAAAAUGACGUCGAAGAUUUCGCUGGUGUCUUAAAAAAUACGUUUAAAAAUAGACACCUGCCAGAUAACUACUUAAAAACAAUUACAAUGGAGUAUCUUAAAAAGUUUGAAAAAUCUAACGACACUAUGUCAGCGAUUGAAAAGAAAAAAAUACGAAUAAAAAGAAACGUAGAAUCUUAUGAGAAAAAAACUGAAUCACCACACGGUCACACAAAGGACGAUGAUGAACUUUUUGUAGAAAUAGAAACGCACUUCGAUAAGAGUGGACUAAAAGGAGAGAAAAAACGAAAGUUAGUAAUGAGUCUUAUCGAAAAAAUACAGAACGCUAUUCAUUCAAGUCGUGAAAAUACGCCAAUCACGCACGCCAAUAAGCAAGAUGUCAGGAAUCAACGUGAACCGUUAUUAAAAAGAAUCCAAACUCCACUUGGUCAUGAAACGGUAACAAGCCUUCCGGUUCAACCUAUCGCAAGUCACUCAAGUAUAUAUAGGGCUGUGGAUCCUAUUAGCAAAUCUACGCCACUAGUAGACCCACUUGUAGCUGAUCAAAACGGUGAAACAUGGAAAAAACAUUAUACUAAACCAAAAUUCCUUAGUAGUUCAAAAUCUAUAAAUUCGGCUGAAUUAAAUCAAGUAGUGGUUGAUUAUACAAAAGAUAUCAGAUAUCCCGCAGUUGGUAAAAGGAUCCAACUUCCUUUAUCGAUAGAUUCGAGUCCAGAAAAUAUAAAUGUAGAUGACCUUGGUAAAUUACAGCUUCUUUUUAAAGACAUAGAAGGCACAGGGUUCUCUAUUGGCUAUAAUCAGUAUGUAGAUCAGGUACCAGAUCCAGAAAGUAUUAAAUUAUUCCACGGAAUUGAAAAUAUAGUAAAAAAGUAUUACCAGAAGAAUGAUAAUCUUGACCAAGGAGACCACGAGGGUGACUACGAAAUAUAUGGACAGGAAUUGAAAAAACGUGAGGUCAACAAUCAUGAGGCACCUCUACGAACAAAAAGAUUUGUUAUGAACAGACAAAAUAUUAGACAGUCUGUUAAAAAAGUUAACGACAACCAUUACCGAUCUUUCAAUACCUAUAAAGAGAUACAUGAUAUUUAUAAAAGAAACAGAAAAUUAUACACAAAAGACGACAACUAUGCCAACUACGACUACAACAACUACUACUACUAUAAAACCGACGACAACGGCGACGACUAUCAAAGAGGAAAAACAUUCUACUCCCACCACAACGACUGUUGA